AUGGGCUGCAGACCUUCCCAACCUGCUGAAGACCGGAGACGUGGCCCCACGCCCAGGAAGGGCUGGGAAGAGGGANCACAGGCUGAUGUCAGUGUGUCUCAUUCCGGGGAGAAUUGCAGCCCCCAGAUGGAAGCUGCUCUGACCAAGAAUACUGUGGACAUUGCAGAAGGCCUGGAACAAGUCCAGAUGGGAAGCUUCCCUGGAACCAUUUUAGAAAAUUCUCCAUCUCCUAGUGAAAGAAACAGACAAGGAAAUUCAGACCUAGUGACCAAUGGAUUAACCAAUAAACCCCAACCCCUAGAGAUUCCAGAGCGACAGAAGUCAUCAGAUAUCCUGGAGGAACUAAUUGUUCAAGGAAUAAUACAAAGCAAAGUAUUUAGAAAUGGAGAAUCAUAUGAUGUCAUGGUGAAUAUGACUGAGAAGCCAUUGAGAAAGCCACCUGCCAGACUAAAAAAACUCAAGAUCACAAAGCAAGAGAAAGAUUUCACAAUGAAGGACAUCGAGGAGAAGAUGGAGGCUGCUGAAGAAUGCAGGAAGUCUAAAGAAGAAGAAAUAAGAAAAAGGCUACAGAGUGACCGACUUUUGCCUUCAACCAAUCAUUCAGAUUCAGCUAAACUAGGUGGGGCUGAGGCUGCAUUUGCCAAAGGACUUCAAAGGGUGAGGUCGGCUGGGUUUGAACCAUCUGACCUGCAGGGAGGAAAACCAUGGAAGAGGAAGAAAAGUAAAAGUGAUGCAACCUUGAUUGACAGAAACGACAGUGAUGAAAGUUUUGGGAUCGUGGAGUCAGACAUGUCUUACAACCAAGCAGAUGACAUAGUCUACUAAGCCAUUUUUUUGUGAAUUUCAUAAGCCGUCAUUAAUUCUCCCCAUUCGUGACAUUUUGUAGUAUGUCUCAGAUUCUAUGACUGCCUGACCUCAUUCCACUGGGAUUUCUGCCUUGGGCUUAAGGAUGAUUGUGUGGACUGCAUGGGCCGAAGGUUAGUUGAGUAAAUUAAAUAGCUAUGCUAGAUUUAAUAAAGGAGCGAGGGGAAACUUGAUCAGCUUGGAUAUUUGGCACUCUCAUUUGUGUGGCAUCAAACACCGUGGCAAUGUCUUUAAUGUGUAAGUGCCUUCAGCUCACGUGAAUAUGUUCAUGCCAAAUGAAAUCCUUCCUGUUCUCCUGCCUGGUGGCGGUGUCCAUCUUCUUCUGGUCCUUUAAGACAAAUUACAUGGAUUCGUGUUAAGUAUUUUAAUGA